CACACAGAAAAGUGUUUUGUUUUGGUUUUUUUUUUAUCCCUGUGUUUUUUGGGUCUCUGUCUGCUCUCCUCUGCUUUGCAGCAGAUGGGGAGAUAUAUCAUCACGGUUGUGUAAGCGGGAGUAGAUAUGUGGUGCGAUAAUGGCGGCGCUAGCGGGUGCAGCUUUGUGGGACGGCGUGGCGGCGCUGACGAAGGCAGCACAGGAAAAGGGCAGCGACCCUCGUGUCUGGGCUGCGCAGCUUUCUUCCACUCUCAGCUCCGCCGGCGUAUCGCCGCCGUCCACGGAGGUCGCACACUUGCUUGUCUCACACAUUUGCUGGGCCAAUAACGUCCCCAUUGCCUGGAAGUUCUUGGACAUGGCUUUGACGGCCAACAUCACGCCGCCAAUGCUCGUCCUAUCUCUUCUCUCCAUCAGGGUUAUACCAUGCCGGCAAUACCAUCCUGGGGCAUACCGGCUUUUUAUGGAACUCCUAAAGCGACAUGCCUUUUCUUUUGCAUCUCAAAUAAAUGGACCGAAUUUCCAAAAGAUCAUGAAAUCUAUAGAUGAAAUUCUUCAUCUUUCCCAAAUAUUUGGUCUUCAGGCUUGUGAACCUGGGACUCUUGUGGUUGAGUUUGUCUUUUCAAUUGUAUGGCAGUUACUUGAUGCAUCAUUAGAUGAUGAAAGGUUGCUGGAGCAUACUUCAGAAAAAAAGUCUAAAUGGCCAACUAAAUCACAGGAUAUGGAAAUAUGUGGUCAUGAUAGCUUUAAUGAGAAGAGAACUGAACUUCAUGAAGGAAUGCACAAAAUAAAUACUUUAAUGGCUAUUGAGAUAAUUACAAUAUUUCUUGACAGUAGAGUAACUUCCAAGAUUCUUCACUUGGCACAGAAAAACAUGCCUUCACACUGGGUAGGUUUCAUGCAACGGCUGCAACUCCUUGUGGCAAAUUCUUUGGUGUUGAGGAACUCAAACCAUAUGACUCAUGAGGCCCUUUUACAGUUGACAUCUGAUACAGAUGACAACCUAUCAAGGAAGUGCAAAAUGCGUUCACCUAAACAGUUUCAUGCUAUAAUGGCUUCUGGAUCUAUUAUAUCUUCUGCUGGUCAGUUUUAUGGAGCUAGUGGUUCUGCACUCUGGCUUCCUUUUGAUAUCUAUUUUGAAGACAAUAUGGAAGGGUUACAAGUGGCAUCAAUUAGCGCUACUGCUACCCUCACCGGUUUGGUAAAGGCAUUGCAAGCUGUUAACAACACCGCGUGGCAUGAUACGUUCUUAGGUCUAUGGAUUGCAGCUCUCCGGCUUGUUCAAAGGGAAAGGAACCCCACUGACAGUCCUGCACCUUCCCUUGAUAGCCGCUUAUGCUUGUUAUUUUCUGUUACAACACUUGCAAUUGCCAAUGUUAUUGAGGAAGAGGAAAGCUCAGUGACUGAUGAAAUUGGAUAUAGCCCCACUAAUCAAGGGAAAGGGAAGCAGGUUCUGGGGAAGUGUCGCAAGGAUUUUAUUUCAAGCUUACAGUUAUUGGGGGAUUUUAAAGGCUUGCUGACUCCACUUCCAACUCUUGCAUUAGUAGCCAACCAAGCUGCUGCCAAAGCAAUGAUGUUUCUUUCAAGUGGCACGGUUGAGAGUGAAUACCUUGAGUGUGUGAGCAUGAAUGAUAUGCCAGUUAAUUGUUCUGGAAACUUGUGGCAUUUGAUUGUUGAGGCUUGUAUUGCUAGAGAUCUACUGGACACAUCAGCAUAUAUUUGGCCAGGCUAUGUGAGUGGAUGCAGCAAUGAAAUGCAUUGCAGCAUUCCUAGUCAAGUGCCUGGUUGGUCCUCUUUGAUGAAGGGGUCCUCUCUGACUCAAUCAAUGAUAAAUGCUUUGGUUUCAACUCCAGCUUCAAGCUUAGCAGAGAUCGAGAAAGUAUAUGACAUUGCAGUUAAUGGAUCAUAUGAUGAGAAGAUAUCUGCUGCUACAAUUCUCUGUGGGGCUUCCUUAAUUCGAGGCUGGAAUAUACAGGAGCACACUGUUCUUUUUAUUACAAGAUUGCUAUCACCUCCAGUUCCUGCUGAUUAUUCUGGGAAUGACAGUCAUUUGAUAAGUUAUGCUUCAUUUCUAAAUGUCCUACUUGUUGGAAUAUCAUCUUUUGAGGCUUCUCAGAUUUUCUCCUUACAUGGCUUGGUCCCGCAGCUUGCAAGUGUGUUGAUGCCAAUUUGUGAGGUUUUUGGAUCAUGUGUUCCAAAUUUCUUGUGGAGUCUUCCAAUUGGUGAAGAAAUCUCUGCAUAUACAGUAUUCUCAAAUGCAUUUAUUCUUCUACUAAAGUUGUGGAGGUUUUAUCAACCAUUAAUUGAACAUAAGGUGAGAGAUAAGCCUUCAGUGGGAUCUGAAUUCACUCCUGAAUGUUUGUUAGUGGUGCGGAACUCCCAAUUAGCGCCUUCUGGAAACACAGAGGAUCCAAAUAAAAGCGGGAGAGUUCGGAGAAAUUCAACUCCUCCAUAUAUGGAACCUAUAUUUAUGGAAUCUUUUCCAAAAUUAAAACACUGGUUCCAGCAGAAUCAGGCAUGCAUGGCUUCAACCCUCUCUGGUCUUGCUCAUGGCACCCCUGUGCAUCAUAUUGUCGACAGGCUUCUAAAUAUGAUGUUCUGGAAAAUAAAUAGAGGUGGUCAACCUUCUACUCUUCCCCCUUCUAGAAGUAGUACUUGUUCUGGCGGGGCGGAAGAUGCUUAUCAACUCAAGUUACCUGCCUGGGAUAUCCUAGAAGCUAUACCAUUUGCCCUUGAUGGCGCUUUAACAGCUUGUCACCAUGGGAGUCUCUCUCCACGUGAACUGGUUACUGGACUAAAAGAUCUUGCUGAUUUUCUUCCUGCAUCUCUGGCAACCAUUGUAAGCUACUUUUCAGCUGAAGUAACUCGGGGAAUAUGGAAGCCAGCUUUUAUGAAUGGAACUGAUUGGCCAAGCCCUGCUUUAAAUCUAUCUGUGCUUGAGCAACAGAUAAAGAAAAUCUUAGCUGGCACUGGUGUUGAUGUCCCACUUUUUUCUGCAGGGGAAAGCUUACCAGCUACACUUCCUUUACCGUUGGCUGCACUUGUAGGCCUCACAUUAACCUACAAACUUGAUAGAGUCUCCCUGCCCUUUGUGGAUUUGUUUGGCCGGUCCUUGCAUGCCCUUUCAGUAACUUGCCUUUGGCCAUGUGAACCAAUCAUUACUGCUUUAUGGGCCCAGAAGGCGAAGCGUUGGAGUGACUUUCUUGUGUUCGCUUCUUCUUGGGCUGUCUUCCACCACAACAGCAAUGCGGUUGUGCAGCUCCUUAAGACCUGCUUCUCAUCCAUUCUCAGGCUCAAGGCCUUUCCCAUCUCUAGCACCAGCAGUGGUGUUGUGGCUACUCUGCUUGGUCAUGGGUUGGGCUUGCCUUUCUCUGGUGGAAUUUCUCCUGUUGCCCCUGGAAUUCUUUACCUCAGAGUGCACCGAUCUAUCAGAGACGUGAUAUUCAUUGCUGAAGAGAUUGUCUUGCUUUUAAUGCUUUCUGUUAGAGAGAUUGCAACCCAUGGGUUACGAUGGGAACAAUUAGAGAUGUUAAAGAAGAUGAAGUGUGGGAUGAGAUAUGGGCAGGUUUCUCUUGCUGCAGCUAUGACGCAUGUCAAGCUUGCGGCUUCAUUUGGGGCUUCCAUAGUUUGGAUAUCUGGUGGAUUAAAUUUGGUCCAAAUUUUGAUCAAAGAAACCUUGCCUUCUUGGUUUAUGUCAGGCCAUGGGUUAGAGGCGGUCGAAGGGCAGUCUAGAGGGAUGGUUGCAAAACUGAGUGGUUACGCACUAGCAUACUUUGCAGUGUUUUGUGGGACAUUUGCUUGGGGCGUGGACUCUACAUUGCCAGCAUCAAAGCGGCGGCCAAGCAUUCUUGGCGUCCACUUGGAAUUUCUUGCAAGCACACUAGAUGGAAAGAUAUUGCUUGGUUGUGAUAGGGCCACUUGGCUAGCUUAUGUGUCAGCUUUUGUAAGUUUAAUGGUGGAAUGCACCCCAAUGUGGGUGUCGGAGGUGGAUGUAGAUGUGUUGAAGAGGCUGAGCAGGGGAUUGAGGCAAUGGAAUGAGGAAGAAUUGGCUUUAGCCCUUCUGGUAAUUAGGGGUGCUGACACAAUGGGUGCGGCUGCUGAGCUGAUUGUGGAGACUAGUGUUUGAACUUGGUCAAAUAUAUUGGUAUAAAAUGGUAGUUUCUUGCUGUGCAGAAUGGUUAUAAUGCACGCCAUUUGUUGUAAAUUGUUAAUAUGGAAAGCACUUUUGCUUAAGCCAUUGUACAAUUCUGUAGAAUCAUUUUUCAUGAGUACUACAGUUUGUGAAGUUCACAAUGAAGUGGCAUAAAUUUCAA